GUGUGCUACUACAACAUACGUUGUUGAAUUUAUGUCUCCUUUCAUUCUUAAAUAUUCUCAUCUACCCUUUUCAGUCCAUUAAUUUCUUCUCUCUUCAAACAACAACAUAGUUGUUUAUAUCUUUUUUCUUAUUUUUCUGAAACAUUGUUUUUUUUUUUGUUACAAAAUCAAACACCACCUUGUUUUUGAUCAAUGGCUCACUCUGCUACCCCAUCAGUUGAAUCCAAUGAUCUUAUAAAAGAAGACCAUAAGGAAACAACUCAAACAAGUUCACUGGUUGUUUCCUUUGGGGAAAUGUUGAUAGACUUUGUGCCAACUGUGGGAGGAGUGUCGCUCGCCGAGGCACCGGCUUUCAAGAAAUCUCCUGGUGGAGCUCCUGCUAAUGUUGCUGUUGGUAUAUCUAGAUUGGGAGGUUCAUCUGCUUUUAUAGGCAAGGUUGGAGCAGAUGAGUUUGGUUACAUGUUGGCUGAUAUUCUAAAGCAGAACAACGUUGAUACUUCUGGAAUGCGGUUUGACUCUAAUGCAAGAACUGCAUUAGCUUUUGUCACACUUAGAUCCGACGGCGAGCGCGAGUUCUUGUUUUUUCGGAAUCCAAGUGCUGAUAUGCUUCUUCACGAAUCAGAACUUGAUAUAGAUCUCUUAAAGAAGGCUAGAAUUUUCCAUUAUGGAUCAAUUAGUUUAAUUGAUGAUCCUUGCAAAUCAGCACACAUUGCUGCUAUGAGGAUUGCCAAAAGUUCUGGUUGCAUUCUCUCGUACGAUCCGAAUUUAAGAUUGGCGUUAUGGCCAUCUGCCGAGGCUGCUCGGAAUGGCAUAAUGAGUAUAUGGGAUCAAGCUGAUGUCAUUAAGAUCAGUGAGGAGGAGAUUACAUUUUUGACUGGAGGUGAUGAUCCUUAUGAUGAUGAUGUUGUUUUGAAGAAACUUUUUCAUCGUAAUCUCAAACUCUUAAUUGUUACUGAAGGGUCUAAGGGUUGUAGAUAUUACACAAAGGAAUUUAGAGGCAGGGUUGGAGGUGUUAAAGUUAAACCUGUUGACACAACUGGUGCUGGUGAUGCAUUUGUUAGUGGAUUUUUGUACAGUAUAGCUUCUGACCCGAGUAUUUUUCAGAAUGAGAAAAGUCUGAGAAAAGCUUUGUAUUUUGCUAAUGUAUGUGGUGCCAUAACAGUUACAGAAAGAGGUGCAAUUCCUUCACUUCCUACAAAGGAAGCUGUUUUACAAUUCUUACUAGAAGCAGCUGUAAUAUAAAAGAGUUGACAUUUUUAUUUUAUUUUAGUUUUUAUGAUUUGUUAAGCUAUUAAUAUAGCUUAGGUUAUGCUAAGCUUCUCCAAUUUUUUUCCUUCCAAAAUUAUGGUCAUGUGAUUUUUUGUUAUAAAUUCGCACUUGCCAAAUUUUUUGUUCUUGUUGUAACAUAUGAGCACAUGAAUUAACCUUUUAGUUUUUGAAGGUGCUCUAGAGUUGAGAGUAGCAAUAAAAUCAAGGUAUUCAUCAA